AUGAGUAGAAGAAGGAAGUUAAAGACAAAAACAGAGGGGAGAGAGAGAGAUUGAGAAAAUAAACUAAUGAAAUUUCUGUUUUACUCAGGUUGAAACCUCCUUUAACUCUCUGGCCAUCGCUAUCAUUGUCUCAUUUAUCCAGCUUUCUUUUACUUUGCUUCCAUUCUCCCCUCUCUCUCUCUCUCUCUCUGUUUCCUUCGUCUUCUUUUGAUCUACUCCAUUGAAUCUCUCCCUUCCUUUCUCUUUUUUCUCUUCUGGGUUUUAUUAAGAUUCUCAAUAACUCGAGUAACACAAGUCUUAAUUUGAAGAUUCUGGGAAAAGUCCACCCUUCUUUUGUUUUCUUCUUGGGUUUGUGAUCUCUGUUUCAUUUUAUCAUCUGGGUAUUUGGAGUUGUUUGAUUCACAAUGACUGUUGAGGAUAAACGAAGUGGUUUAGUCAAUGAUGAUUGUUUUCCAGUUGGUAUGCGUAUUCUAGCUGUUGAUGACGACCCAAUUUGCCUUAAAGUUUUAGAGAAUCUGCUUCGAAAAUGCCAGUAUCACGUUACAACUACCAAUCAAGCAAUAGCAGCUCUGAAAAUGCUUAGAGAAAACAAAAACAAGUAUGAUCUCGUUAUAAGUGAUGUGAAUAUGCCUGACAUGGAUGGCUUUAAGCUGCUUGAGCUUGUGGGGCUUGAAAUGGACCUACCUGUCAUCAUGUUAUCCGCACAUAGCGAUAAGGAGCUUGUUUAUAAAGGGGUUACACAUGGUGCUGUUGACUACUUGUUAAAGCCUGUGAGAAUUGAGGAACUCAAGAACAUAUGGCAACAUGUGAUCAGGAGGAAAAAAACACAACCCGGGGACCAAAACAGGUCCCCCAAUCAAGGUAAACCUCUGGAUGAAGCACAAGAAGGUGGACAAGGAUUGGCAUCAAGUGGCAGUGUAGAUCAGAAUGGAAAAGUGAAUCGGAAAAGGAAGGACCAAGAUGAAGAUGAGGAAGAAGAGGGUGAGGAGAAUUUAAAUGAGAAUGAGGACCCAGGAACUCAGAAGAAGCCCCGGGUUGUUUGGUCAGUGGAGCUUCACAGGAAGUUUGUUGCAGCUGUUAAUCAUUUGGGUCUUGACAAGGCUGUUCCAAAGAAAAUUCUUGACCUUAUGAAUGUUGAAGGACUUACAAGGGAAAAUGUGGCAAGCCACCUGCAGAAAUAUAGGCUUUAUCUGAAAAGAAUCAGUAGUGUAGCAUCUCAGCAAGCCAAUAUGGUUGCUGCAUUUGGGGCAAAAGAUUCCUCUUAUUUGCGCAUGGGUUCUCUGGAUGGAUUUGGAGAUUUUCGCACUUCGAAUGGACCAGGGAGGCCGUCGAGCACAUCUAUAUCAUCAUAUACAACAGGGGGUAUGUUUGGCAGAUUGAACUCCCCUGCUGGUUUAACCUUGCGAGGUAUAGCUUCUUCUGGUCUUCUCCAGUCGGGCCAUUCUCAAUCUCCGAGUAAUUCUGUUAUUACACUUGGAAAGUUUCAGCCAGCUGUUUUGCCUGCUAGCCCAGGUGCAAAUUUGUUUCAAGGUGUUCAAUCAUCAGUGGAGCCCAACCAGCUCAAGGUAAAAUCCAAUGCCCACAUUGGACAGUUUACUCGCAACGAUGAUACCUCAGGCUUCACACUUGCAACUAACUUCGUAGAUGCCAGAGUUACUAUUGGUGGCUUGAGUAACACUGUGUCCAAUUCCACAAGUAACCCUCUGAUGCUACAAGUAAACCCCCAACUAAGUCAGUAUAGGGGAGCAUUUGCAACUCAAUCUUCUCUAAGUGUGCCUACACUGAAUCACGAGUCUUUUGAUGUUCGUCUCCAUGGUUCUUCAAACUUUCUGGAUCAUAGUAGAUGCACCGAAAACUGGCAGGGGGCAGUUCAAUUAUCCAAAUUUCCAACAAAUUCUUUACCAUUGAGUGAACCAUUCAGUCAUGAUUCAUUGUCCAGGAGUAAUUUGAGAGACAAUCUACCAUCCACCAGCUCUCAGAUUGGUAACAGCCUGAAUGAUUUUGAUUCCUCCAGUGUGCAUGCCACACCUUUAUAUUCUCGAGUAGACAUGCAAGGGCAAACAGGCUCGAUUAGUAAUGUUGUUCAAAACAUGAAUUACAAUUCAAGGCAGAGAUGGGAAGAAUAUAGCCGGGAUUAUAACCCCAACCUAAAUAAUUCAUUCAGUACCAUAAACUCUUUGGUUUCUGGCAAUGGUGUUGUGGGUUUGUUGAGCCAAAGUAUGGACCAGAGAAAUAAGUUCGAUGCGUCUUUGCCUGGCCAGAUAAACAAUGUCACACCAUCCACUUUCUUGCAUGCAGAGGUUGAUAACUCUGCUCUGGACCCAAAAAUGAGGUCCAAUGAAGAUUAUCUUUUGGAGCAAACAAAGUCUCAGAAUGGUUUUGCUCAAAACAACUAUGACCCUUUGGAUGAUAUAAUGGAUGCGAUGAUAAAACAGCAGGAGCAGCAAAAUGAAGCAAUGCUAAUGGAUGGAGAGUUUGGAUUUGAUGAUGCAUACUCACUGUGACCAUCUUUGUGAGACUGCCAUUGCUGAUUUGUGGAGAAACACAGGGCACCCAAAUCCCAAGUUCAUCAUUCUUCUUCUUGAUGAAUUUGUACCUUCUUGUAAUUUAUUCUGAAAUUUCAGUUUUCUUUUAACCCAAUCUUCCCUUUUCCUGCCCUCUUCCCAAUGUACAUGUUCUUCGCCUUUUCUUUGCUGUUCUUUUUUGCAGUAGUUAGUUCAUGCUUAAUAUUGAUAGCAGAAUUACUAGUUUCUCAA